ACCGAAAUGAACCUCAAUGAAUUCAGAAAAAGCAUACAAAGUUCCGGAAAUGUCGGUUAUUCAUGUCUGAAGAAUGUUAGCGGAUUUCAAACGAACCGUUGCUUUGCGCAUGCGCCUGGUGCACCUGUUGAAAUCACUUAUAAUCAGGUAAUUGCGGCUGAAAAUGUGGUGUGCAGGCGAGAGAGGAGCAGGUGUGGGUCGUUUUAGGCUGUAUUACAGAAGUAUAACCCAACACGGAUCUAAGGAAAGAGAAAAGAAAUAAGAGUUUCAUCCAAACAGUUGAAGUUUUAACGUGUUUUCAGUCAUGAAUCCUCCAACCAGCAGAGACGACACAAGCCAGCCAGGUAACAACGACUCUUACAACACUUAACAAGCAUGUUACUAGUGAAAGAUGAUGGCGCUGUUUUGUGUCUGUGUGUUGUAGAAAUUAACUUUCUAUUGGUUGGGUUUCUAUGACAUUUAACUCAAACUAAUGAAGACAAAAAGCAGGUUUAGUUGGUCAAAAUGGUUAAGUUCACUUUUAACACUUUAACAAUUCUUAUUUGCUAUAUUGUGUAGUUUUGGUUGUCUUUUUUUCUCUUUUCUAACCUUUUAAAAACACAAAUACAGCCUUAUUACCAGCUUCUUUUAUAACUAAAGAGAUCAGUUUGACAAAAGAUCUAUUUAAAUCACUUUUUGCACUGAUUUAAUGCUAACGUUACUAUUUUAUUCUUGAAACUCAAAGCUUUAUUUGGUUCCAGCUACUGUAAUUGGAGUAAUUUGCACUUAAUGUUUGUGAAAAAUUAACAUAUUUGUGUUAAAGCAUGUGAUUGAGCCAAGGGGAACUGUGUCUGGUGUUUUUAGCACCAGUUUUGGACAUCUAGAGUUUCUUUCAGGAAAGUUUUGGAGGCCAAAGAAAUUACAUUUUGUGUAUGCAACAACGCUUCUAUGCUCUUUCAAUUGGCGGUCUUCAAUAUGUACUAUGAAAAUGCUGCAUGAAAUUCUGUCGAAGACUGAACGAGUAAGGUUUUUCUUGAAAUUAUAGGCUUUAAUAGAAGUGUAACAAGCUGAAUGCAUUCUGUUGUCAGAGCAUUAUGUGCCCCAGUCUUCAUCGGCAUCUUCGUCAGGAGGACCAGGAGGUUUGUAUCUGGAUGCCUAUGAGGUUUCCUUCCCUCUGGAGGAGAGUGUAGAGAGACCACCUGCGUAUCAUCUGAACCACAGCCCGCAGAUGAUGGAUGGUAACACAUCUACAACGCACCACAGUUGUCAUCUUAUUUGGAUCAUUUCAAAAGUGUUAUUCCUCUUCCCCUUUCCUCCUCCUUCUCUCCUUGCAUCCUCCUGCAGAGCAAAUGGUGCAGGAGCCUCCUCACUCUCAGUACAGCCCUUUCAUCCUGGUAUCGAACCUGCGGGCUCACCUGUACGUCGCUCUGGAGAAGAACAGCUGGCUGCAGAAGCGAAUUGAGGAGCUGGAGGAAGAGCGCAACUUCUUACGCUGUCAGCUGGAUCGAUUCAUCGUCAGCAUGAGGGGUCCAGAGGGUGUGUUCUAAUAACCUCAGAUAAUUAUGUUUUUCAUGUUUCCUGGUGAUGAGAAAGACUUUUUCACUUCUUUGAUUUAUUAUGAUUAUACUUAGUGUCCGAGUGGUGUGGCGACGCUCAGCGAGCUGUCAAAGUUCAGCCCUCCAGCCCUCCCUGUCCUCCCUCCCCCAUGACCACUAGGUCUGGGAUGACCCUCAAUCGUCUCCAGGUACCAGGACCCCGGACCCGCCGUGGCACCGCCAUCCCUGGUGAGAACAUAUCUGACCUAUAACAUUAAUAGUUGGACUUGUGUUUAACUGCAUCUUAAAGUUAGUGGUGACCGUCUUGAUCAUUGUUUUGGUUGUUUCUUAUCGGGUCGUCAGUCAAACAGGAGUUUCACCUGGAGGAGGAUAAAUACUACACAGAGGACGAGUACGUGGAAGAAGAGGAGGAGGAAGAAGAUGUGGACUCGUCAGUGGAAAAGGGGUCAAAGAAGAAGGGUAGAGGGCGAGCUAAUGGAGAGCCGAGGAUGAAGAUGAGGAGGAUCUUCAGGAUCACUCAUGGGAGGGAGAGACAGAGAGGUGAGAGGUCAUGUGACAGAAAACGCCUCCUUUUUAAAUUCUGCGUGUUACUUAACUGUUGCUGACUACACAUCUUGAGGGGUUCCACAGGGCCCCAUCCUCGGCCCAUUUCUGUUUUUAUUUUCACACUGUAAUCAGGGGCUUUUGGUUUUUAUAAUUCAUUCUUUGGUUGCGAAAGGAUGUUUUGAUCUUCAACACUAAAUUACUAGAAAACACCACUUAAAAGCAGCAAAUUACACCUCCCUUUCUUGAUUUCUAUUGCAUCAAUUCUCUGUUUCUCUCCCUGUACCUCUAGUGAAAGACCCAGAUGGAGUUUUGAUUCGUUACAAGAAGAUCCUAUCCACCUACCAGCGGGUGAGGAGUAUGUCCCGAGCCUUUCAGAUCCACGGCGUUGACCGGAACACAAUGGCAUCCACCUCCCCCAUCGCCGAGCUGCUGCUUGUGGCUUCGGAGAAGGUCUGAACUGUUUGGGUGUUUAAAUGUCCUGUAUCAGUUCCAGCAAACCAGCAAAAUCAGUUUUUUAUUCACAUCCAUGGAUAUGCACUUUUAGGUCACGUAACCACACGUUAAAAAGUAGACCAAAAUCUCUCUGAAGUUUAGCUGUCUUAGUUUAAAUGUCCACAUCAACAGGUUGCAGAGGUCGGAGAGUUUGAGGCAUCAAAAGAGAAGCUUCUGGAUUACGCUCGACGAUGCUACAAGACGAUGGACGAGGAGACGCACGCCAAAGUGCAGAGCAUGAAGAAAACUCACAAGCUGCUGCCGAUCUCCUACAGGUUCAGGAACUGACCAAAAAGCUGACAGCUGGUUUCUACUCUCAGCAUAAAGACGGAUGCACUUUUUCAGUUUGUAUUUUCACUAACUUUAAAGAUUUAAGAAACUUGAAAAGAAAACUUAAGUUUAAGAAAAGUUAAAUAUUUCAGCUGAAAUGCUUAAUGCUUAAUUUAUUUUUACAGUUUAGAUUUUUCCUUUCCUUUUUUUUUUGUAGCUGUAUCGGUCAGCUGGAUUUACUUUCCCAGAUCUGUUCAAGAUUUUGAACCAGAUACUGAAGUUAAGUGUUAUGAAAGAGUGAAAGAUAAUGUACCACAGAUAAUGCAUCACUAAUCUGUAAGUGCAGAGCAGAUAUAGAGCAGAUGUACAGAGAUAACUGAUGCUCUGGUUUCAGUAUUUAUUUUCUAUCUAAAGAAAAAAAAGAUAUUCUUUUAUGUAUUUUGGCUGAAAAAAUAUUAUUUCUCUGUAACAUCCCAUACCUGAGUUUUGUAAUAAAGUCAGCUUUGCAAGAUUAA